UCAUCUCCCACGAUCUUCAUCACCAUCAUCUUCGUCUGCUCCACAACACUCAGCCAACUCUUCCGCCGGAAGUUUCCUCUUCUUAGGGGUAUCGAUCUGGAGAUCUACCUGGAUUCCCCUAGAGUAUGUAGAUCUUCUCCUAAGGGCCUGGCAGGAUUGUAUUACUAGUGGUAGAGUUUGUGUCCCUUGGGUUCUGUGUUUUUGCUCAUCCACAUUAUCAUCAAAAGCAACGUCCACUGCGUCAUCCACAGCAUCGUCUUGCCCAAAUGCAUUUGGAAAAUCUGGAAUGGUAAUUCAUAGAAAUGUGUAAGUAGGAUUUGUAUGCCAACAAGAAAACGGAUUAGGCUACACAUUUUGUCUGACUAUAGGCACCAUUCCAGCUCUGAAUGACAUUUAUAUCUGCACCAUAAUAUGCUCCUGAACACAAUCCGAAUUCCCUUGAGUGUCUUGCCAAAGGCAUAUGAAUUAACUACCAUAUAUUUGAUCUAGCCAAUGUGUGGACGAUACGUCAUUAUCCUACAUUUGUUUUGAUCCGCAAAAAUAUUUAUGACCGGCAGCUGUCAAUUGGAUGCACACAACGGUAUAUCUGUAAAGUUUUGGAUGAUAGACAUAGACUGCAAGCUUGCAAAUGUGUAUUCUAAAUGUCCUGGACUGUUUUGUUGUCACACUACCAUAAUGUGUGCACCACAGAGUUUUGGCACAAGACAUGAUAGCCAGUCUAGCUGAGACUAGCUAACGUCAGCUAGCUAGCCAACUCAACUGUCAGGCAGUGGGAAUUGGCUAGCUAGUUUACCCAUUUCAUCGUAGCUAUAAGAUGAAUAGUUUAGGAUUUCAUUCUGGAUACGUUUAAGUAUGGGCAGGAUGUCUAAUAUAGCUAUAGGGCAGUAAUUGUUGUAGCUAAUGACACUGAAAAUCAAAUGUAUGUCUCAUAGCUAUGUAAUAUUAGCUAGCUAGCUAACUUAUCUCCUACAGUGCCUACAGAAAGUAUUCAUCCCCCUUGACUUAUUCCACAUUUUGUUGUUACAGCCUGAUUUCAAAAUGGAUUAAAUAUAUUUUCUCACCCGUCUACACACAAUACCCCAUAAUGACAAAGUGAAAACAUACUUUUAGAAAUAUUUUCUAAUUUAUUGAAAAUUAAAUACAGAAAUACUUUGAGUCAAUACUUUGUAGAAGCACCUUUUGGCAGUGAUAACAGCUGUGAAUCUUUCUAGGUAAGUCUCUAAGAGCUUUCCACACCUGGAUUGUGCAACAUUUGCCCAUUAUUAUUUUCAAAAUUCUUCAAGCUAGACAACCAUUUUCAGGUCUUGCCAUAGAUUUUCAAGUAGAUUUCAAUCGAAACUGUAACUUGCCCACUCAGGAACAUUCAUUGACUUCUUGGGAAGCAACUCUAGUGUAGAUUUGGCCUUGUGUUUUAGGUUAUUGACCUGCUGAAAGGUGAAUUAAUCUCCUAAUGUCUGGUAGAAAGCACACUGAACCAGAUUUUCCACUAGGAUUUUGCCUGUGCUUAGUUCCAUUCCAUUAUUUUUUUCUGAAAAACUCCCUAAUCCUUAACGAUUACAAGCAUACACAUAACAUGAUGCAGACCACUCUGCUUGAAAAUAUGGAGAGUGGUACUCAGUAAGGUAUGGGAUUUGCCCCUGUCUUGACGUGACUUUCAUUAUUGUGAUGACUAUAAUUUAUAGAAUAAUUACUACUAUGUUUAAUUGUUACUAGAUUAAAUUAAUCAUGAAAAAAUUAACUCGUUAGGAAUUUGGAGCACCACGGGAAAAGUUGUUUAACGAGUUACCGUUUAUUUACUAACUAAUUAAAAUGAUAACACAAGAUACAAACACAUACAUAUAGGUUAGGGAUUAGAACUUAAUAUAAUGAAAACAGGUCCCUAGCAGACUAACACAAUAUGACACUUGUUACAACAGAUGGCAAGUUAAAGAGAGAGUGAGAGAGAAAUCACUUGGAUACACAUGGAACUACGCUCACAGUAAUCCUAAUACCUUGCCAAGAACUGCCACCCGUUUGGUAAGAAGUAAUGCAUGUAUUUACGUGUUGGAGGUCUUCGUCGUGUAUCUCUGUUGGACCCAGGCCUUUGUGGAAAGGGAUGGGCUUUAGAUGUAAGGCUCUGAUUGUCCACAAGAGGUCACAAUUUCCUUCUUCUUAGUUGUCUGUUUACUUUCACUCGUUCUGGAAGUGGUCUUCUGAGGACGGCUAAUCAGCCGUGUCGAUGAUCCCCUGUGGGGUGAUGAGAGCAGUGUAGUAAACGAUGGUUUGAAGAAAGUAACAGGGUGGUCCCAUUUAAAUUCACCUUGUUAGAUACAGUGCUUAGAACAGCUACUCAGCCGUAACAUUGAUUGUUAGUGCAGGCAACUUUGUUGUCUUCACCUCGUGUUGGUUUUCAGGGUCGGGACCAAUAUGGACCUCGCUGCAGCUGGAGGUCCGUCUAGUCUUUUUUGUUAAUUCUUAACUCAAUCUUUUAUGCACUCUGGUAAAGAGGGCAUUUACGUAAUGCGGACACUAUCUGAGCUCCCGUGGGUGUGGCUAGUUACUGGGGCAAAGUAUUCUGAACACUAUGAUUUCGUUAAAGAACCAAAAUCAUCUUCCUAUCGUUAUAAAAAUAUUAUCUUCCUCCGGGAUAUUUCAAACACAUUAUAAUGGAUGCAGACUUGAAAUGCACAGUAUGAAAGCUCCUCAAGUUGCAAUGUUUUCGUUAUACAUUUUUUAUAAAAGUUUUAAUGACAUAACAAAAUAGACAUUACUUUUCCAAAUUCCCUCUCUCAUCACUUCCAAUAUUCGGAUGUUGAAAUAUACUGUUCCAGUGUCCACCUUUGGUCGUUUAGAGUUUUGGGCGGCAAUCCCUGUAACACAGAGACAUUCAGAUCUGCAAUACUAUGGAAUAACAAGUAGUUAGCUGCUCCAAACCAUUUGGCGCGAGGGGUCAUAACCCCCCCACCCCUCCCCCAACCCCCACCCCUCCCCAACAAUCUCUCCUUUGUUCUACGGGAGAGAGAGAGAGAAAUCUGUAGACUGUUGCUUCUCUGUAUUCCGAUCUUGGGCUUCUCACGUUAAACCAUCACGAGAGUAAUGACAGUCCCCCUCUGGUCGGUUCCAACCUAGGAAGUAUUCUGCAAGUUGUAAUCCCCCCCCCCCCAACCUGUAGUCCAGGCUAGUGGAUCUAGGCAGUGACUUAGACAAACGUUAAUAACGCACACCACUCACUAAAUACAUCAUUACAUUUUCCCCAAAUGAGUGGCGCUGUGGCACUAACUGGUGGUUGUAUGGGGAACUUGUUUGUGGCUCUAUCAAGUGUCAAAGGAAAUGAAGCAAAAACAAAGACACAAACAAACAAAAGAUAUACAAAAUAUAGUGACCACACCUUAAUCAUCUAAUUGGACUAUGUUCUAUAUACGUUGGAUGUCUUGGCUAAAUUACUCUAUCAUGGCAUUGUCUCUAAUGUCAUAUCUAGGGCGAUCCUACUCGAAGGUGGGUAGUUAAGGCACUCUCUAUAUGGCACCCUGAAAGACAAAGCUUGCAUUGGGGACACUACAGGGCUGACCUAGCGGACUCUGGAGAAGAGGCGGGGGAUGCUGUGGAUGGACCACCUGAUGCCGUUUCAGGAUCUAUUGCCAAUUUUCCAGAAAUCAGGAUUGCUUCCGUCCCACCGGUGAUUCUGACAUAAGACCUCAUUAGUUCUUCCAUUGUGCGUGUGCGCCUGUGUACAUAGUAGGUGCACACACCAAGGGCGAUAAGACCAAGGAUCGUGGUAACACUCAGAAUACUGUCCGGCACCGUCCAAGAGCGGAUGACAGACCAAUCUUUUGGCUGGUAGUCAGUCGGGUCAACUAAGAGUGCCUCAUCCAGUACGCUAAGAUCAACAGUCAUUGAUCCCUCAUACUGGAUUUGGUUUUGAAUGGUCUGUGGUAACUCAAGGGAACGUUUAGCAAAAGCGUCAGGCAUUUCAAUAUUGGUGUCUAUCCUGUCGUCAGGAAGUUGGUAUAGGGCUAGGUCGUCUGUGGAUAAUCGCCCCCUCUGGUACCUUAACAAAAACAGUCUGGUUGGGGAGGUUCAGUUGGGUGUUUGAGUCAUGGCGUUCAUAAGUCAUAGUGGCGGACGUGAGCAGGGUGUUAACCAGCCAUCGAUUCCCUACCACCUCCACCUGUGUGGUGGUGACCCCAUCCCUUGCUGUUAGUUUGGCUCUACAGCAUCCUUCACUAGCUAUAGGCUUAAGUCCACAAAGGAACUCGGUGUUAUCCCUGACAAAUGGUUUGCUAGGACAAAGGUAGUGGACGUCUUUGGUUAAAGUACACAUUAACAGGUUAGGGGUAAGAUAUAAAUCUGGAUUGUGUUCCUGAUAAGUUACGACUGGGGGUGUGGUGAUUUUCACAUGGGUGCUGUCGCGCCAAAACCCUACGUUUAGAACCGUUUCCACAUCUGUAUCCGAGUCUGUAAACAAAACCGGUGGGCUUGUUUCUUGAUCGAGUGGCCCCUGGAUAGGGUUUGGAGUGAGUGCUGGGGUAAUUUGAUUGUUCACGCCUCUUCAAAUGGUGUUACUUUCUCCGGACCUGUUGUUCGGUAAGUCCACGCCUAGUCAUGGCGACCUAUCUUUGUCCUGUUUUGCAAAUUUGUCUCGCUCCUGUAGUUCUCUUAGCAGAGCUUGUCUUAGAGUAUUGGUGUAUGCUUCAGUGUUCAUUGAACCCUUUGUCACCUUUUGUUACUCUUGUGCCAUGACCCUUUUUGUGGGUUGGGUGCAGGAAUGUGGCGGCCAUGUUGAUUGUUACGAUACCGGUUUGGUUGGGAAUGUUCGGUAUAGUUCGUUUUACCACUAAGGUUAUUGAUUUGGUUGUUUCGUGGUAGGUACCUUUUGUCUGUCAUCACUCACCGCUCUUAUCCUUAAUUCCGCACACCCUCUAACUGGAGUGAGUGCUCCUGCUCAAUAUUGAAAAUCGAGACGUCAGGGCUCUUAGAGCGGCUCACUUUUGAUGCCUCAAAAGCUUUGCUUGCAAGCUCUCUAAGUUCUGAGAUUGGCAAACUUACGUCGGCUGUAGGGCCCAAGUAGUUAAUGAAGGUGGAAUACAUGUUUGACAGAAACAUUUGUUUGAAUGGUAGUAGCUCUUGCAUUCCUAUUUCAGUGAGUAGGCCAAAGUAAGCUGAACGUAGCCUAUGAUAGUAUGCUUGUGGGUGUUCGCUUCACGCUUGUUUGACAGUGUUAGCCAGCGUGCUGUUUGCCAGCUGUUUGCCAGUCACAGAACCAGUUAAUUAUAUUGUUAAAGCUGUGGCAAGUUUUGUGUAGUCGUUUUGCACGGAAUGUUGUUGUAGGCGGAUGAACCUAGUAACGUUGCUUGAUUCAUUAACGUCUAUAAACCAAAUAAAAUUGUUUUUGCAGCUUCCAACUACUCAAAACCCAACAUUUUACAUAAGUUUCAACAACCAAUAAUCAUCAAAAUGAGCAAGCUAUCAGAGGGGGUGCCAUCCAUUCCCCCAAUAAUAAGUGAACCCUCACCCACAGAAAGAUUGAUCGCUGACCUCAGCUGCGAUGCAAACCCAAACUAUGCCGAAGGGUUGAGAAUGUUAGAUCACAAUGCCAUAAGCGAAAAAACUGCAGAAAUUGCGACCGACGCCCUCCAAAAUAGGCCAGCAGGCAUAGGCCUUGUAAAGAUUCUCUCCAGUUUAACCCUGAACUAUGCCCACCAGCAGAGAUGGACAUUGGUUCAAUACCGCUGUGCUCAGCAGAAGCACGAGCAAGAAACUGUUGAGAUGAAGGGACAGGUGGAGAGAACCAGGAAGCUAAUGACAAAAGCCGACAAAGACAAGAUACUGCUUGCCGAGGAGCUGCAUUUGAGAACGGAGCAAUUAAAAGAUCUGGCAAAAACUUAUGACAACGAAUGAGAACAAACUGUUGAACUACAGGAACAACUCCAUUUAGCCAAGACUAAAUAUGACGAAGUCCACGCAAAACUAGAUCAAUUUGACAACCUACUUAAAACCAGGGACGAGCAACUUGAUACCAUGCAAGCAGUGUUGAAUGACACCACUCAAAGCAAUAAGGUUCUAGUCCAAAAGCUGCAAACCACAGAUGAUCAGUUAAAGAACAUAAUGUCAAUGUUGGAUGUUAAAACAGCGGAUCUCAUUGAAGUCACUGGUCAAAUGAAUGAUGAGAGAACCCAGGUGAGGAAGGUUGAAACAUUUAACUCUAACCAAGCAGAGGAAAUCUCAUCACUGAAUCUCUCGCUACAGACUCAAAACCUCUACCUGCAAACCAUGACAUAAGUAUGAGGCCGAAAGGAGCAAGUGCGACACUCACGUGUCUGAAAUAAAUACUCUAGGUGCCCAAGUGGACUUGGCGAUGCAGCAGAAUUCCACCCUUGGGUACCGUCUAGAGGAACUCCGAACCAGUCACGCGCUGCAGCAUGACUACCCAGCCAAACAACCAAGCUCGCAACCGGAGCUUGGUACACAAAGGAGUGAAGACGACAGAAGGUUUCAGCCUUUACCUGUUUCAGGUGUCCAUCAGUCUUUUCCUCUUGGCCAUUUGGCACAGAGUAAUAUGGCGCCUCCUCGCCAACCAGACUAAGGAUCAGUUUCUCCUCUUGGCCUUUCAGCCAAUUCUUACCCUCAGGAUGAUGCAAAACCUCCCUGCGCACUAGGCACGGAACGCCUUGAUAAGAUCAUCAAGACCUUCUGCACCUUUGACCCAACCUCAGGAAAGCCGAACCACACUGAGAUGUUCCUAUGCUGACCUUGAGGGCGCGUUGGAUGGCUACCCGAACGCUACGGAUACUGACCGGCGCGGAAACAUAAAAUAAAUGUUUUUGCCAUUGGUCUUACUCACGCUACUGAAGCGCGAUAGACAGAGAGAUAAUACUUUGCAUCGGCCAACAACUAUAUAUUCUCAAAUGUCUUUAAUUGACUGGCCCAUAUGUCCUUGCUCAAGAAAUUAAUACUGACCGAGUCUACUCGCUCCUGAAACGCGAGAGACAGAAAUAGUACCACGUUUGGCCCAACUUUGUCUAUUUCUCUUGAUACCCACAUUGGCUGGCCCAUAUGUACUAGCUCGUAGCAUUCAGUAAAUCCCCUACACACUGACUUUUCGUCAGAUAUACAGUGAGGGAAAAAAGUAUUUGAUCCCCUGCUGAUUUUGUACAUUGGCCCACUGACAAAGAAAUUAUCAGUCUAUAAUUUUAAUGGUAGGUUUAUUUGAACAGUGAGAGACAGAAUAACAACAAAAAAAUCCAGAAAAACGCAUGUCAAAAAUGUUAUAAAUUGAUUUGCAAUUUAAUGAGGGAAAUAAGUAUUUGACCCCCUCUCAAUCAGAAAGAUAUCUGGCUCCCAGGUGUCUUUUAUACAGGUAACGAGUUGAGAUUAGGAGCACACUCUUAAAGGGAGUGCUUCUAAUCUCAGUUUGUUACCUGUAUAAAAUACACCUGUCCACAGAAGCAAUCAAUCAAUCAGAUUCCAAACUCUCCACCAUGGCCAAGACCAAAGAGCUCUCCAAGGAUGUCAAGGACAAGAUUGUAGACCUACACAAGGCUGGAAUGGGCUACAAGACCAUCGCCAAGCAGCUUGGUGAGAAGGUGAGAACAGUUGGUGCGAUUAUUCGCAAAUGGAAGAAACACAAAAUAACUGUCAAUCUCCCUCAGCCUGGGGCUCCAUGCAAGAUCUCACCUCGUGGAGUUGCAAUGAUCAUGAGAACGGUGAGGAAUCAGCCCAGAACUACACGGGAGGAUCUUGUUAAUGAUCUCAAGGCAGCUGGGACCAUAGUCACCAAGAAAACUAUUGGUAACGUGGAUGGGUAUUCCAGCAUGACAAUGACCCAAAACACACGGCCAAGGCAACAAAGGAGUGGCUCAAGAAGAGGCACAUUAAGAUCCUGGAGUGGCCUAGCCAGUGUCCAGACCUAAAUCCCAUAGAAAACCUGUGGAGGGAGCUGAAGGUUCGAGUUGCCAAACGUCAGCCUCGAAACCUUAAUGACUUGGAGAAGAUCUGCAAAGAGGAGUGGGACAAAAUCCCUCCUGAGAUGUGUGCAAACCUGGUGGCCAACUACAAGAAACAUCAGAGCUCUGUGAUUGCCAACAAGGGUUUUGCCACCAAGUACUAAGUCAUGUUUUGCAGAGGGGUCAAAUGCUUAUUUCUCUCAUUAAAAUGCAAAUCAAUUCAUAACAUUUUUGACAUGCGUUUUUCUGGAUUGUUUUGUUGUUAUUCUGUCUCUCACUGUUCAAAUAAACUUACCAUUAAAAUUAUAGACUGAUCAUGUCUUUGUCAGUGGGCAAACGUACAAAAUCAGCAGGGGAUCAAAUACUUUUUUCCCUCACUACAACACCAGAGUCAAUCUCACCCUACUAGUGUCUGGAUGAAAAGGGACCACACACACGCCACUCUCAACAACAAUCCUGCCUACAGCGCUAUUGGUGUAUAACGUAUCUUUCUACACAAUUCCUAUAGACUGAAUUCAACAGUAAGGCCUAGUUCUAUCUUAGACUCCUCGCACGGGGGCUCCAAUAUGUCGUGACGUGACUUUCAUUAUUGUGAUGACUAUAAUUUAUUGAAUAAUUACCUACUAUGUUUAAUUGGGGCGGCAGGUAGCUUAGUGGUUAAGAGCGUUGUGCCAGUAACCGAAAGGUCGCUGGUUCUAAUCCCCGAGCCCACUAGGUGAAAAAUCUGUCGAUGUGCCCUUGAGCAAGGCACUUAACCCUAAUUGCUCCUGUAAGUCGCUCUGGAUAAGAGCGUCUGCUAAAUGACUAAUUAUUUAUUUAUUUUAUUAUUUAAUUGUUACUAGAUUAAAUUAAUCAUGUAACAAUUAACUCACUAGGAAUUCGGUGCACCACAGGAUAAGUUGUUUAACGAGUUACAGUUUCCCGAAUUAUCUCUAAAGAUAUCUAGAUAUCUCUUAUCAUUUAAGUCAUUUAUUGAUCAUUUACCUCACAUCAGUCUCAUUCUGAAAGUCGUACACUCUUUAAGUCUGCACGAACCCAGGUCUUACUGAUCAUUCCAUACCACACAAAAUUAUUUAAUUCUUUAUUUACUAACUAAUUAAAAUGAUAACACAAGAUACAAACACAUACACGUAUAGGUUAGGGAUUAGAACUUAAUACAAUGAAAACGGGUCCCUAGCGGACUAACACAAUAUGACACUUGUUACAAAAGAUGGCGAGUUAAAGAGAGAGCGAGAGAGAGAUAGAACACUUGGAUACACAUGGAACUACAAUCAAUGUUACGGCUGAGUAGGUUGAGUAGGUGUUCUAAGUACUGUAUCCCGACCCUGAAAAGCAACAUGAGGUGAAGACGACAAAGUUGCCUCCACCAACAAUCAAUGUUACGGCUGAGUAGGUGUUCUAAGUACUGUAUCUAAGAAGGUGAAUUUAAGUGGGACCAUCAUGUUACUCUCUUCAAACCAUCGCCAUGUGGACAAUCAGAGCAUCUAAAGCCAUCUAAAACCAAUCUCUUUCAGAUUGGCUUUAGAUGUAAGGCUCUGAUUGUCCACAAGAGGUCACAAUGUCCUUCUUCUUAGUUGUCUGUUUACUUUCACUCGUUCUGGAAGUGGUCUUCUGAGGACGGCUAAUCAGCCUUGUCGAUGAUCCCCUGUGGGGUGAUGAGAGCAGUGUAGUAGACGAUGGUUUGAAGAGAGUAACAGGAUGGUCCCACUUAAAUUCACCUUCUUAGAUACAGUACUUAGAACACAUACUCAGCCGUAACAUUGAUUGUUAGUGGAGGCAACUUUGUCGUCUUCACCUCAUGUUGCUUUUCAGGGUCUGGACCAAUAUGGACCUCGCUGCAGCUUGAAGUCCGUCUAGUCUUCUUUGUUAAUUCUUAACUCAAUAUUUUAUGCACUCUGGUAAAUAGGGCGUUUACGUCAUGCGGACACUCUUUCUGAGUAUUCUGAACACUAUGAUUUCGUUAAAGAACCAAAAUCAUCUUCCUAUCGUUAUAAAAAUAUGAUCUUCCUCCUGGAUAUUUCCUACACUUAAUAAUGGAUGCAAACUUGAAAUGCACAGUAUGAAAGCUCCUCAAGUUGCAAUGUUUUUGUUAUAAUGUUUUUACAAAAGUUUUAAUGACAUUAAUUUUCCAAAUUCCCCCUCUCAUCACUCCCAAUAUUCGGAUGUUGAAAUAUUAUGUUCCAGUGUCCACUUUUGGUCGUUUAAAGUUUUGGGUGGCAAUCUGUCCCUGUAACAGAGACAUUCAGAUCGCCAAUACUAUGGAACAACAAGGAGUUACUUGCUCCAAACCAUUUGGCGCGAGGGGUCAUAACCCCCCCCCCCCCCCCCCCCCCAACAAUCUUUCCUUUGUUCUGCGAGAGAGAGAGAUCUGUAGACUGUUGCUUCUCUGUAUUCCGAUCUUGGGCUUCUCACGUGAAACCAUCACAUGAGAGUCAUGACACCCCGAACAUAACACUUUGUAUUCAGGACAAAAAUUUAAUUGCUCUGCCACAUUUUUUGUAGUAGUACUUUAGUGCAGAGGUCUCCAACAGGUAAAUCGCGAGCUACCAGUAGCUCACAGCGGCCCUAUGAGUAGCUCGCCAAACAAUUCUGAAAGUACAUGCAAUUUUCACGUGUUCCACUGCAAAAUAACAUAAACUAAUUUCGCAAGUAUCACAAGCUACCAGCUACUAUCUAAUCAACGCAACAUUGACAUUAUCCCAUCCUUGGUUAGCCACUUUUGUCUUAAAAUGCCAAACCUAACACAAUAUCUGCUAAUUAAUUUCCAGCAUUAUUGCCCCUGUCUGUCUGUGUGGUGCGCGCGUUUGUCUCACUCCAUGUGUAGCCAGUUGAUGUGAAAACCGUCUUGUGGGUAAACAGAAAUACUUUUCCCAAAAUGUUCUCAAUUAAAUGUUAACUGCAAAGUAGGCUUACCUGGCAGAAGUAUAUCAUGAGUAAGUAUACCAUUUGUAUCUAUUAUUUGUUAUUUGCUAACUUUGCCAGGAUAUGAGCAACAGCAGUACAGAACCCUCGCUAGACCUGCACAUUUAAAGGGGAAUUACACUCAAAUCGAAAUGUUAAUUUUCUUCCAGACCCCCCCCCAAAAAAAAUCUGAUGUGUUUUAAGCAUUGAUAUGGACUCAGAACAUCCAAGUACGAUGUUUCUCUAUGAACAAUUGUAAUUUUGAGUGAAAAACAAAAAUCUAAAACCAGGAAGAAUAAAACGGAGAAAACAUAAUCUGGGAAAAUAUAAAACAUAAUUUGGGGGAAAAAAAUGAUUUUAUAGGGGCCCCCCUUAGAGUUGUUGUUUGUUCACCAUUAUUUGACCAGGUAUACUGACAGAAAACAUAGUGCUCUGCUUUCUCUUGCACACUAAGGACCCGGGGAAGAGUUGCAGGGGAGAGGAGAAAAAUGUGCCUUUUAAGAAAUCUAGGAAAAUAUUUAUAGCUAGCAAUGUUAAAUGUUUUAAAAGUAGCUCUCAUGCUAGAAAAGGUUGGAGACCCCUGCUUUAGUGCCUUGUUGCAAACAGGAUGCAUGUUUUGGAAUAUUUAGAUUCUGUACAGGCUUCCUUCUUUUCGCUCUGUCAAUUAGGUUAGUAUUGUGGAGUAACUACAAUGUUGAUCCAUUCUCAGUUUUCUACUAUCACAGCCAUUAAACUCUGUAACUGUUUUAAAGUCACCAUUUCCUAAUGGUGAAAUCCCUGAGCGGGUUCCUUACCCUCCAGCAACUGUGUCUGCUUCUCUGUGUGUGUAUGUGUUAAUGGGGUGUGUGCUUCCUCUUAAUCUCUGUCAGGUUCCUUCAUGAUAGACAUUAACUAGCUCUAAUUAGAAAACGUCUUAAUGAUGCUCUUUCUUUCUUUCCUCAUUCUCUCUCGCCAUCAUCCUCUCUCUCUCUCUCCCCCCCUCUCUUUCUGUCUCUCUCCCUGUGUGUGUCUCUCUCUUUCUCACACACACACAGCUCAGUCAGAUGUUGGGGAAUGACAUCAAAUAUCAGGUGCGAGAGCCUGUUGGACUGAGGGUCUGGAUCCUCAUCUCUGCAGUAGCCUUCACAGUCAUGGCCUUGAUGGUGAGUUGAUACAGUCUGAAUGACACACAGUCACAACACACACAUACAGGUAACUACCGAAAUUAAAAAAACAGCAACAUAAAGUGUCUUAAUAGGGCAUUGGGCAACUACGAGCAGCCAGAACAGCAUCAAUGCACCUUGGCAUAGAUUAUACAAGUGUCUGGAACUCUAUUGGAGGGAUGCAACACCAUUAUUCCACAAUAAAUUCCAUCAUUUGGUGAUUGAUGGUGGUGGUGGAAAUAGGGCUGUGUGGUGGUCAUAAAAUUUUGUCAGCCGGUAACUGUCAUGCAAAUACUGCCGGUCUCACGGUUAUUGACCAUUAAUUAACAUAAACACAUAAAGCCACUGAUGCUGACCUUUGGAACAUCGACAUUUUAAAAAGUCUAAACCCAUUUAAUAUAGCCUAAACCAGGGGUAGGCAAACCUGUUCCUGGAGUGCCGCAGGUACUGCAAGAUUUUGUUCCAACUAGGCACCACACCUGACCAACUGAGCUAAUUGAUCAAUUCAGUGAUUGCCUAAAUUCAACACACCUGGUCUUUCAGGUCGGUUAAAUCAAAAACAUGAACUGGCUGCGCCACUCCAGGACCAGGGUUGCCUACACCAUCAAAAUAAAUCCAUUAUUUAUUUUACGCAGGUCUAAAGAAAAAUGAUGAUAUGAAGAAAAUGUUGCCUAUUUCAGAACAACAGAUUAGCAUAUGGCUGUAGGCUAUACUAGUUCAUUUAGCAAACAAUAUUUGCUUAUAAUUCCUGUGGCAUUAUUUUAUAGUAAGAAGAAUAGAAUUGAACAUAGCUGAAUAAAAUGGAAAGGAUAUUUUCCCCAAACGAUUUCCGAGGGAGUGUGCACUAUUGUUAACAAAGUUAACAAAGCAGUUAACAAAGUGAUAAUUUGAAACAGGUCCUCCUAUAUGCUUAAUUUAGAGUUAUUUAUGCUACUUUAGUUGUAAUAAAAACCUUAUGUUAUAUGUUUUGAUUUCUAAUACGUUCUAAGGCUGCAUGAUGUGACUAACGAUGAUUUGAAAAAAGUUGCAUGAAAGGCAUGCACUCAGCUCAGUUUCUUGCGCAGGAUGCACACACUUCAUCAGUCUCAUAUUCACAAUUUUACAAGCACUUGAUAAUAUUCUCACCCAUCAGACUAUUCUCAAUUUAACCUGGUCUUUACAUAUAGCCAACUAAUAUAUAUGUUGAAUUUUUAUUUAUUUAGAAUGGCCAAAAAAUGUCACACACUUUUAAUAUGCCAGGUAGGCUAUACCAGUUGUAAAGCAGAUUAAUGUGCUUAAUUUAAAGAAUUCAGCAAUUAAUAUAGCAGCACGAGAAAGCUGGAAUCCUCUUUUAAAUACUGUCCAGUCAAAACUCGAUUGCACAAUGACUGGGUUUAUAAGAACCCAUACGUUUCACUAGGCUCUGUAGGCUAUGGGCUCUCCAACCCUGUUCCAGGGGUCAUAGGCCUAUAGGCUACUCUUAGAUUUAUUUGGCCACUUUAGUUGUAAUACAAACCUUAUCAAAACAUAUAGGCCAAUGGGCUAGGGUACAUGAUGCAUGCGUCUAUUCAUUUAAUCUCGUCUUUACAUAUACUAAGUAAUAUAUGUGAAAUUAGUUUUGAUUUAGAAUGGGCCAUUAUCAUAGCGAUUGGAGGAAGCUUUUCCCGCAGUUAAUUUUCAUGCCAGCCAGGCUACUUCGGUUGUAAAGCGAAGCAAUGUGCUUAAUGUUAGGAAGGUUGAGAAAUAAAUAUUGUAGGCCUAGCCCAUAGAAAGCUGAUGGGAUCCUCGUCUUUUUAAGAGGCCAUUAAAACUCAUAGCCUAUAGAAAUGUUGCGCAACAUGGGCUCAUAGGAACACUUAUUUCAUUCCAUGCAUCAACCAGCUAUGAGGAGCUGGCUUUCGCUGCUCAAAAGGUUAUCCUAUUCUGCUCAAACUCCAAAUGCCAGGACUCUCAUUAAGUGUUUGAAUUGAUUUUCGAUUGCAUUUGCAUUGAUUUAGAGGGACAAUAGAGCGCUGAGUACCAGGCCAUUAGCGACUGGCCAUUAACACGUUUGGUAGGCUACUAAUGACCAUCAGCGACAUCAGAGCACAGUUUUGGAGAAGCCUAGUUACUGUGACUCAACAGUCACAUGGAAUUUGACUGCGGUCAUGACUCGUGACUGCCGGUGUGGCAGUAAUACGGUCACCGUAACAGCCGUAGGUAGAAAGCACUGUCUCAGGUGUCGCCCAGAAUCUCCCAUAAGUGUUCGAUUGGGUUGAGAUCUGGUGAAUGAGACACACACAAACACACUCCCUUUAAACCCCCUAUGCUCCUUUGAGACCCGUUUUUUCAAAGUCAUUGAGAUCUCUUCUUCUAGCCACAGUAGCCAAAAUAAUGGGCAACUGGGUAUCUUUAUACCCUAAGCAUGAUGGGAUGUUAAUUGCUUAAUUAACUCGAGAACCACACCGGGUGUGGAAGCACCUGCUUUCAAUAUACUUUAUAUCCCUCAUUUACUCAAGUGUUUCCUUUAUUUUGGCAGUUACCUGUAGUAAAACACGAUCCAGACCUCUGUGACCACUACUCACCUGAAGUGUUUCUAUUCUCUGGUAUGACAGUAGGGUUAUCUUUCACCGUUUAGAACUUUCAAGAGUGGUUUAGAACUGUACAGUACCAAAAUAUUUCACUAGGAGUUCAGGAAGCAGUUUGUCCACUCUUUCUGUCUCCCCUCUCUUUAGUGAACAGAGUCUCAUACAGUUAGUCUUCACUACACUAUCUCUAUGGGACAUCUGGGAGGAACAGCUCAGCCUUUGUCUGCCCCCUAACUUUACUGUGUAGCUGAAUGUCCUUAGACCCUGUUACUAUGUCUGUGAAUGGCCUUACUGUGAGGGUACAGGAAGCCACAUUGUUUAAUAGUAAAUUAAGUUAUCCUCUGUCUAAUGCUCUAUUUGAGGAUCAACUGCCUGGUGAUUUUGUCACAAACAGACCUAGCUUUCUUGGAGCAGUAGUUACAACCGCUGCCCGUGGUUGAUUGAGCUACGCUCCGGGACCUCAAACUAUCCCCCGACGUAUUGCUACAAUGGUGCAUGUUGUGCAGAGAUGGCAGGGUGCUAUUGUGUAAGUUGUCCAAGUGGUUCAAUAUUGCUGUAUUUGGGGAGGAACUGCCUGGUGACUGUAACAAAGCCCCCCCCAAGUCCCCAAAUUGCUUCAAUUGUGCAUGUUGUGAUUAAGAUGAUGAGUGUGCUGUGUUGUGUUCCCUGUGCAGGCCCUGGUGUUGCCCAACCAGCUGUAUGAGGUGGUGUUUGAAGAGGAGAUCAACAACACCAGUGUCUCCAUUCGACUCUAUGGGGGAGCACUGCUCAGUGAGUACACGUACAUACAUACACACGCACGUACAUACAUAUGCAUACACACACACUCACCUCCUUUCUUGUGAUGUUCAUAUACGUAUGGUACAUAUACAUACGUUCUUACACAUUCACACACCAACAUAAACACCCGCUUCCUAUUCUUCCCACUAUAUUAAUGUCAUAUCUCUCCCUCUCACAUGUCCUUGUAUUUGUAUGCUUCAAGCUCCUAUAUCUAUGCCUUCAUGUGCAUCUCUGUCCCUGUCAACAAAUACAUUACUAGUGCAUGACUAUUGCAAUUUGUGUCAUCAUAGAGUGCAUGUUAUCACAGAAACGCAGGGGAAAACAUAUCUCAGCCAGCUAUACAUGCAUGAACAAGGUGCAGUUGUGGCCAAAUAUAUUGGCACCUUUGCACUUUUCUUAGAUGGUUCCCUAUUUCUUCUAAAACUUAAGUUGACAAAUGGCAUGGACAAAAUUAUUGCCACCCCAGAGCUAGUACUUCGUUGCACAGCCUUUGGCCAAGAUAACUGCAGACAAACUCUUCUUGUAGCCAUCAAUGAGCUUCCUGCAACAUUCUACUGGUAAUUUUUACAAAUUUCCAGCAGCAAACUGAGGGGUACCCUCCAACUGCUGUUUUCAGCUCUCACUAUAGGUUUUGGAUGUGAUUCAGAUCUGGACUCUUCACUGGCAACUCCAGAACAGUCCAGCAUCUCUUAUUGAACUAUUCCUGGGUGCUUUUUGAUGUAUGUUUGGAGUUGUUGUCUUGCUGGAAGACACACAACCUUCAAUGAAGACCUUGUUGGUUUGAAUACCCAAGCCGACAAGGUGAAAAAUCAAUAUGUGCCCUUGAGCAAGGCACUUAACCCUAAUUUGCUCCAGUGACGCCAUACUACUAUGGCUAACCCUGUAAAACAACACAUUUCACUAUCCAGUGUAUGUGACAAUACAACAUAUAUACAGUACCAGUCAAAAGUUUGGACACAACUACUCAUUCCAGGGUUUUUCUUUAGUUUUACUAUUUUCUACAUUGUACAAUAAUAGUGCAGACAUCAAAACUAUGAAAUAACUAAUAUGGAAUCAUGUUGUAACCAAAAAAGUAUUAAACAGUGUCAAAUAGCCACCCUUUGCCUUGAUGACAGCUUUGCACACUCUUGGCAUUCUCUCAACCAACAUAAUGAGGUAGUCACCUGGAAUGCAUUUCAAUUAACAGGUGGGCCUUCGUAAGUUAAUUUGUGGAAUUUCUUUCUUUCUAAAUGCGUUUGAGCCAAUCAGUUGUGUUGUGACAAGGUAGGGGUGGUAUACAGAAGAUAGCCCUAUUUGAUAAAAGAUCAAGGCCAUAUUAUGGCAAGAACAUCUCAAAUAAGCAAAGAGAAACAACAAUCCAUCAUUACUUUAAGACAUGAAGGUCAGUCAAUCCGGAAAAUUUCAAGAACUUUAACAAUUUCUUCAAGAGCAGUCGCAAAAACCAUCAAGUGCUAUGAUGAAACUGGCUCUCAUGAGGACCGCCACAGCAAUGGAAUACCCAGAGUUACCUCUGCUGCAGAGGAUAAGUUCAUUAGAGUUAACUGCACCUCAGAUUGCAGCCCAAAUAAAUGCUUCACAGUGUUCAAGUAACAGAUACAUUUCAACAUCAACUGUUCAGAGACUGUGUGAAUCAGGCCUCCAUGGUCAAAUUGCUGCAAAGAAACCACUACUAAAGGACACCAAUAAGAAGAAGAGACCUGCUUGGGCAAAGAAACACGAGCAGUGGACAUUAGACCAGUGGAAAUCUGUCCUUUGGUCUGGAGUCCAAAUUGGAGAUUUUGGGUUCCAACCGCUGUGUCUUUGUGAUACGCAGAGUAGGUGAACGGAUGAUCUCUGCAUUUGUAUUUCCCACCCUAAAGCAUGCAGGAGGAGGUGUUAUGGUGUGGGGGUGCUUUGCUGGUGACACUGUCUGUGAUUUAUUUAGAAUUGAAGGCACACUUAACCAGCAUGGCUACCACAGCAUUCUGCAGCGAUACGCCAUCCCAUAUGGUUUGGGCUUAGUGGGACUAUCAUUUGUUUUUCAACAGGACAAUGACCCAACACACCUCCAGGCUGUGUAAGGGCUAUUUGACCAAGAAGGAGAGUGAUGGAGUGCUGCAUCAGAUGACUGCUUCAAGACUGUUGGAAAAGCAUUCCAGGUGAAGCUGGUUGAGAGAAUGCCAAGAGUGUGCAAAGCUUUCAUCAAGGCAAAGGGAGGCUAUUUGAAGAUUCUCAAAUCUAAAAUAUACUUUGAUUUGUUUAACACUUUUUUGUUUACUACAUGAUUCCGUAUGUGUUAUUUCAUAGUGUUGAUGUCUUCACUAUUAUUCUACAAUGUAAAAAAUAGUACAAAUAAAGAAAAACCCUUGAAUGAGUAGGUGUGUCCAGACUUUUGACUGGUAGUGUACACUGAAUGUACAAAACAUUAAGAACACAUUCCUAAUAUUGUUUUGCACCCCCGUUUUUGCCCUCAGAACUGCCUCAAUUUGUCAGGAAAUGGACUCUACAAGGUGUCGAAAGCGUUCCACAGGAAUGCUGGCCCAUGUUGACUCCAAUGCUCCAAUGUUGACUGCAAGUUGGCUGGAUGUCCUUUGGGGGGUGGACCAUUCUUGAUACACACAGGAAACUGUUGAGCGUGAAAAACCCAGCAGUGUUGCAGUUCUUGGUAGAGCUUGGCGCUUGUAACGCCAAGGUAGUGGGUUCGAUCCCCGGGACCACCCAUACGUAAAAAUGUAUGCACGCAUGACUGUAAGUCGCUUUGGAUAAAAGCGUCUGCUAAAUGGCAUAUUAUUAUAUAUUAUAUUAUUGACACAAACCGAUGCGCUUGGCACUUACUACAAUGCGCCGUUUGAAGGCACUUAAGUCUUUUGUCUUUCCCAUUCACCCUCUGAAUGGCACACAUAAAUAAUCCAUGUCUCAAUUGUCUCAAGGCUUAAAAAUCCUUCUUUAACUUGUAUCCUCCCCUUCAUCUACACUGAUUUGAAGUGAAUUUAAUAAGUGACAUCAAUAAAGGAUCAUAGCUUUCAUCUGGAUUCACCUGAUCAGUCUGUCAUGGAGAGAGCAGGUGUUCAUAAUGUUUUGUACACUCAGUGUAUAUAUACAGCUCUGGAAAAAAUUGAGACCACUGCAAAAUUAGCAUUUUCUCUGGUUUUACUAUUUAUAGGUAUGUGUUUGGGUAAAAAUUAAUGUUUUAGUCCAAUCCUUAUGGUCUUUUGCAAACCUCAGUCUGGCUCUUCUUUGCUUCUCAUUGAUGAAGGGCUUUUUUCUAACUUUGCACGACUUCAGCGCUGCCCCUAGGUGCCUGUUUCGACCGUCCUCGCCGUGCACUUCACCCCAGCUGCCGUUUGCCAUACUUUUUGUAGGUCACUUGAUCCUACGGUUGAUGAGUGACAUUCAAAUGAGUUGGCGGUCAUCCCGGUCAGUAGAGUCGUUUUCACCCUCUGCCCGUCUGUAGCUUUGUUGUCCCCAAUGUCUGCUGCUUGAACUUGUUCUUAUGAACCAUGGAAACAACCUGACGCUCACUGUAUCCCUCUGCCAGUAAAGCCAAAAUUGAACCCUUUUUCCCCCACUCAAAACGUUCCUUUUCAACUCUUUUGGCAUUGUCAAUAGUUAUUUUUUGAUUAAUAUUACUUUUGAGGUACUAUUAGCACUGUUUUUGCCAUCCAGCUGGUCCUAUUGCAAGAGGAUAUUGAUGACCACAGCAGUGGUUUUUAUACUUUUCCUCGUUAAAUAAGAUUUGGUUCAGGUGAUCACCUAAUCAGUACCUAAUUCAGUAGAAUGAGGUGUGCCUGUGUUGGAAUUCAACAGACACUGGAAUGGAAUGGCUGUCAUACAUGUAGAGAUGCUGAUUUAAGAAAAAUGUGCAGUGGUCUCUUAGAUUUUUCCAGAGCUGUAUAUACAGUGCAUUCGGAAAGUAUUCAGACCCUUUCCCUUUUUACACAUUUUGUUACGUUACAGCCUUGUUCAAAAUGGGUUGAAUACAUAAAAAAUCUCAUCAAUCUACACACAAUACCCCAUAAUGACAAAGCAAAAACAGGUUUGUAGAAAUUUUUGUAAAUGUAUUAAAAUUAAAAACAGAAAUACCUUAUUUACAUAAGUAUUCAGACCCUUUGAAAUGAGACUCGAAAUUGAGCACAGGGGAAUCCUGUUCCAAUUGAUCUUCCUUGAUGUUUCUACAACUUGAUUGGAGUCCAGUUGUGGUAAAUUCAAUUGAUUGGACAUUAUUUGGAUUGGCACACACCUGUCUAUAUAAGGUCCCACAGUUGACAGUGCAUGUCAGAGACAAAAACCAAGCCAUGAGGUAGAAGGAAUUGUCCGUAGAGCUCCAAGACAGGAUUGUGUCAAGGCACAGAUCUGGGGAAGGGUACCAAAAAAUGUCUGCAGCAUUGAAGGUCCCCAACAACACCGUGGCCUCCAUCAUUCUUAAAUGAUAUACUCUUCCUAGAGCUGGCCGCCUGGCCUACCUGAACAGUCGGGGGAGAAGGGCCUUGGUCAGGGAGGUGACCAAGAACCCGAUGGUCACUCUGACAGUGCUCCUGAGUUCCUCUGUGGAGGUGUGAGAACCUUCCAGAAGGACAAUUAUCUCUGCAGCACUCCAGCAAUCAGGCCUUUAUGUUAGUGGCCAGACGGAAGCCACUUCUCAGUAAAAGGCACAUGACAGCCUGCUUGGAGUUUGCCAAAAGGCACCUAAAGGACUCUCAGACCAUGAGAAACAAGCUUCUCUAGUCUGAUGAAACCAAGAUUGAACUAUUUGGCUUGAAUGCCAAGCGUCAUGUCUGGAGGAAACCUGGCACCAUCCCUACGGUGAAGCAUGGUGGUGGCAGCAUCAUGCUGUUUGUAUAUUCUUCAGCGGCAGGGACUGGGAGACUAGUCAAGAUCAAGGGAAAGAUUAACAGAGCAAAUUACAGGGAGAUCCUUGAUGAAAACCUGCUCCAGAGCGCUCAGGACCUCAGACUGGGGGCGAAGGUUCACCUUCCAACAGGACAAUGACCCUAAGCACACAGCCAAGACAACGCAGGAGUGGCUUCGACAGAAGUGUCUGAAUGUACUUGAGUGGCCCAGCCAGAACACAGACUUCACCCUGAUCGAACAUCUCUGGAGAGACCUGAAAAUAGCUGUGCCGCAACGCUCCCCAUCCAACCUGACAGAGCUUGAGACGAUAUGCAGAGAAGAAUGGGAGAAACUCCCAAAAUGCAGGUGUGCCAAGCUUGUAGCGUCAUUCCCAAGAAGUCUCGAGGCUGUAAUCGCUGCCAAAGGUGCUUCAACAAAGUACUGAGGAAAGGGUCUGAAUACAUAUGUAAAUAUGAUAUUACAGAUUUUUUAUGUUUGAUUUUUUUUUUUGCUACAUGAUUCCACGUGUUAUUUCAUAGUUUUGAUGUCUUCACUAUUAUUAAUGUACUGCACUGACACAAAUGUCUGAAGAUUGGUUGAAAGAAAUUGAUAAUAAUAUGAUUCUGGGAGCUGUACUGUUAGAUUUCAGUGCAGCCUUUGACAUUAUUGACCAUAACCUGUUGUUGAGAAAACAAAUGUAUUAUGGCUUUUCAACCUCAGCUCUGAAUCUAUGAUAUGGCAUUCUAUCGAAUAGAACUCAAAGGGUUUUCUUUAAUGGAAGCUUCUCUAAUGUCAAACAUAUAAAGUGUGGUGUACCGCAGGGCAGCUCUCUAGGCCCUGUACUCUUUUCUAUUUUUACCAAUGACCUGCCACUAGAAUUAAACAAAGCAUGUGUAUCCAUGUAUGCUGAUGAUUCAACCAUAUAAGCAACCACAGCUAAUGAAGUCACUGAAACCCUUAGCAAAUAGUUGCAGUCUGUUUUGGAAUGGGUGGCCAGUAAUAAACUGGUCCUGAACAUCUCAAAAACUAAGAGCAUUGUAUUUGGUACAAAUCAUUCCUUAAGUUCUAGACCUCAGCUGAAUCUGGUAAUGAAUGGUGUGGCUGUUGAAAUAAUUGAGGAGACUAAAUUACUUGGUGUUUCCUUAGAUUGUAAACUGCCAUGGUCAAAACAUAUAUAUUAAAUGGUUGUAAAGAUGGGGAGAGGUCUGUCCGUAAUAAAGAGAUCCCCUGCUUUUAUGACACCACACUCCAAAAAGCAAGUCCAGCAGGCUCUAGUUUUGUCUUAUCUUGAUUAUUGUCCAGUCGUGUGGUCAAGGAAAUACCUAGUUAAGCUGCAGCUGGCCCAGAACAGAAUGGCACAUCUUGCUCUUCAUUGUAGUCAGAGGGCUAAUAUAAAUACUAUGCAAGCCAGUCUCUCUUGGCUAAGAGUUGAGGAGAGACUUACUGCAUUACUUCUUCUUUUUAUAAGAAACAUGAAUGUGUUGAAAAUUCCAAAUUGUUUGCAUAGUCAACUUACACACAGCUCUGACACACACACACUUACGCCUCCAGGGGUCUUUUCACAGUCCCUAAAUCCAGAACAAAUUCAAGAAAGCAUACAGUAUUAUAUAGAGCCAUUAUUGCAUGGAACUCCCUUCCAUCUCAUAUUGCUCAAAUGAACAGCACAACGCCUCUCCCCUAUUUGACCUAGGUAGUUUGUGUAUGUAUUGAUAUGUAGGCUACGUGUACCAUUUUUAAAUUGAUGUUGUUCUGUCCUUGAGCUGUUCUUGUCUAUUAAUGUUCUGUAUUAUGGCAUGUUUCAUGUUUUGUGUGGACGCCAGGAAGAGCAGCUGCUGCUUUCGCAACAGCUAAUUGGGAUCAUAAUAAAAUAGCAAUUACCACUCCUCUCCAAUGGAUGUGCGAAGUUGCUGGAUGUUGAUGGGAACUGGCACAUGCUGUCGUGACGUUGAUCUAGAGCAUCCCAAACAUGCUCAAUGGGUGACAUGUCUGGUGUGUAUGCAAGCCAUGGCAGAACUGGGACAUUUUCAGCUUCCAGGAACUGCCAAAUUCUCUACAAUGAAGUUGGAGGUGGCUUAUUGUUGAGAAAUUAACAUUCAAUUAUCUGGCAACAGCUCUAGUGGACAUUCUUAAAGUCAGCAUGACAAUUGCACAAUCUCUCAAAACUUGAAACAUCUGUGGCAUUGUGUUGUGUGACAAAACUGCACAUUUUAGUGUCCCCAGCACAAGGUGCACUUGUGUAAUGAUCAUGCUGUUUUAUCAGCUUCUUGAUAUGUCACACCUGUCAGGUGGAUGGAUUGUCUUGGCAAGGGAGAAAUGCUCAGUAACAGGGAUGUAAACAAAUUUGUGCACAACAUUUUAGAGAAAUAAGCUUCUUGUGCGUAUGGCAAAUUGUAGGGAUCUCUUAUUUCAGCUCAUGAAACAUGGGGCCAACACUUUACAUGUUGCAUUUAUAUUUUUGUUCAGUGUACAUGGUCCAGCACGUUGUUUCCUCUCGUGGAGCAGGAUACAUGUUGGUGAAAUGUUGGAAAAAUGUGUUUUAAACAUGCUUGGUUUAAAAUCACCCACGACAAUAUAGACUGCUUCCGGAUGACUCGCUGGCUAAUGUUCUUGUGCAGUUCCCUGAGUGCCGCCUUGGUGUUUGCUUGUGGCAGUAUGUACACAGCUGUGAUAAUAACACCCAUGAAUUCCCUCGGCAUAUAGUGGGGUCAGCAUUUUAGCAUCAGAAACUCGAGAUGUUUUCAACUUCGGUAUACCAGGAAUUGUUGAUGAGGAAGCAUACACCUCCCCCUAGUCUUACCAAAAGCCACCGUUCGAUCCAUACGGAAAAUGGAAGAGCCGUAUGGUUGAAUAGCAGAGUCUAGGGCUGUUACAGCGAUGGCCUCUAUUAAAAUGAGGAGGAUCCCAUCAGCUUUCUAUAGGCUAGGCCUAUUAUUUAUUUCUCAACUUUCCUAAUAUUAAGCACAUUGCUUCUCUUUACAACAGGAGUAUAACCUACCUGGCUGGCAUGAAAAUGAACCACGGGAAAAGCAUCCUCCAUUCGCUAUUUAAGUGCAUAGAUUACAUUUAUUUUUUCCCCUGCCCCUGUUUUGAGACAGGUGCAUGAUAAUGGUCCAUUGUAAAUCAAAACAAUUUUCACAUAUUAUUUAGUAUAUGUAAAGACAAUAUUAAAUCAAGAAUAGUCUGAUGGGUGACAAUAUUAGCCUAUUACUUGUGAAUGAUAUAUUAUAAUUUGUGAAUGAUGCCCAGCGUGUGCAGUAAGGCAAGAAACAACGCAUGCCUUUUUUUUGCUACUUUUUCAAAUCAUAGUCGCACACCUCAUGUAGCCUAGCCCAUAGGCCUAUAUGUUUUGAUAAGGUUUGUAUCACAACUAAAGCGGCCAAAUAGCUAAUUAAAAUUAAGCACAUUCAUCUGCUUUACAAUGGCUGUACAGCCUAACUGGCAUACAUUUGCAGCGAGUGAGUUUCAAGUUUGGUGAAGAUCAUUUUCACCAUACAAAUGCACCUUUAUAAUAAAAGCAUUACAUGCAUAAUCGCAAUUGUGGUCACUUUUGAGAAUGGUGUUUUCCUGCUAAUUGAUUGCAUUUUGGAACAUUUGCGCUUAUAGCCUACUGCCGUGUGCGCAUUGCUACUCUUAUAAUGUGAAGAAAUAGCCUAAUAGUUUAUCAACAUUUUAAGCUGAACUUUCUGAUCUGUUGCGUAAGCCUCAUUGCUUAAAAAAUGUUUUGGGAUGCUAAUGGUUGUAUUAAUUUAGGAUCUAUCGCAUCCCGCAACUGUCCCAGACUAUAUUUGGAAUAGGUAAACUUUUGUAUUAUGGGGGAUAGUAGAUUGGCAUAGGCAUAGUGCUUUUGCUGUUCAUUAGGCCUACUCAUCUUGUUGGUUGAUAAAAAGUAAAUGUGGACAGUUCUUCCAAUAUCUUCAAUAUGCACCUCGGAAUUGGAUAAAGACGCGCGUAGUUGUGUCUGUCUUCACUUGUAGCCUGUGAGAAAGACCCAAUCACGUGACAGGCAUUGGCUAAUAAGAAUUGAGCAAUCUGAGAGAGCCAUGUGAGUGAGAGGUCCUUCGGAGCAUGCUGCCGGGUGAAGGGAAUUAUAAUUAUUAUUUUCAGCCCAUGGGCACAACGGCAACUGGCUGCAAAAGGUAUGGAUUUUUUUUCGGGUGAAUGAGAGACUGAUGAAGUGUGUGCAGCCUGAGCAAAAAAACAAAGCAGAGUGCAACGUUUGUAUCACAACUAAAGUUGCAUAAAGAACUCUAAAUUAAGCAUAUAAGAGGACAUGUAUCUUUGUUAACCGCUCAACACAGAAUAUCUCAACACAGAAUGUGCGCACUCCCUCAAAUCGUUUGGAGAAAAUAGCCUUUCUAUUUUAUUCAGCUAUGUUCAAUUGUAUUCUUCAUUAUGUAAAAUAAUGCCACAGAAUUCUAAGCAAAUCUUGUCUGCUAAAUGUACUAGUGUAGCCCACAGCCAUAUGGCAUAGCCAGAUCAGGGCCUAACAUAAGGACAACUCAGAAUAUGCUAUUCUGUUCUUCUAAAAUAGACUACAUUUUCUUCAUAUCAUGUUUCUUUAGACCUGUUUAAAAUAAAUCAUGGAUUUAUUUUGAUGGUGUAUGCUAUAUUGCAUGGAUUUAUUAGACACCGGCAGAUAUUUGCUUGACAAUCACCAGCUGACAAAAUGUCAUGACCGCCACAGCCCUAGCAGAGUCAAGUGUAUCGUCCGUAAGCCAUGUGUCUGUAAUAAGAGACUCUGCAUUCCCUGAUGUCACAUUGAAGCUUUGCUCUGAGUUUACAAAGUUUAUUUUCCAGCGAUUGGACAUUCGCCAUCAAAAUACUAGGAAGAGGAGGCCGUGUAGCCCAUUUUUUUCAGCCUAGCUUUUAUUCCCCCUUUCCUUCCUCUUCUUCGUCGCCGACGUUGCCAUCAGUCAUCUUGGUCAGCAGAAACAGGGAAGCCCACUGUGCAGGGUACAAAGAAGUGAAUGUAGUAUUCCAGAUCUGGGAGGCUGAGAGAUACACUAUAUAUACAAAAGUAUGUGGACACCCGUUCAAAUGAGUGGAUUCGGCUAUUUCAGCCACACCCGUUGCUGACAGGUGUAUAAAAGCGAGCACACAGUCAUGCAAUCUCCAUAGACCAACAUUGGCAGUAGAAUGGCCUUACUGAUGAGCUCAGUGAUUUUCAACGUGGCACCGUCAUAGGAUGCCAACUUUCCAACAAGUCUUACACAGGAAGCGGCACAGGUCCUAAUCCAGGCACUUGUCAUCUCCCGUCUGGAUUACUGCAACUCGCUGUUGGCUGGCCUCCCUGCAUGUGCCAUUAAACCCCUACAACUCAUCCAGAAUGCCGCAGCCCGUCUGGUGUUCAACCUUCCCAAGUUCUCUCACGUCACCCCCCUCCUCCGCACACUCCACUGGCUUCCAGUUGAAGCUCGCAUCCGUUACAAGACCAUGGUGCUUGCCUUUGGAGCAGCGAGGGGAACGGCACCUCUGUACCUUCGGGCUCUGAUCAGUCCCUACACCCAAACGAGGGCAUUGCGUUCAUCCACCUCUGGCCUGCUGGCUCCCCUUCCUCUGCGGAAGCAUAGUUCCCGCUCAGCCCAGUCAAAACUGUUCGCUGCUCUGGCACCCCAAUGGUGGAACAAGCUCCCUCACGACGCCAGGACAGCGGAGUCACUCACCACCUUCCGGAGACAUUUGAAACCCCACCUCUUUAAGGAAUACCUGGGAUAGGAUAAAGCAAUCCUUCUACCCCCCCCCCACACACACAGCGGAGUCGCUCACCACCUUCCGGAGACAUUUGAAACCCCACCUCUUUAAGGAAUACCUGGGAUAGGAUAAAGUAAUCCUUCUACCCCCCCCCCCCCCCCCCCCCCACCCCACAGCGGAGUCACUCACCACCUUCCGGAGACAUUUGAAACCCCACCUCUUUAAGGAAUACCUGGGAUAGGAUAAAGUAAUCCUGCUAAAUGACGUAAAUGUGCCCUUGAGCAAGGCACUUAACCCUAAUUGCUCCUGUAAGUCGCUCUGGAUAAGAGCGUCUGCUAAAUGACUAAAAUGUAAAUGUAAAUGUAAGUCAGUUCAUCAAAUUUCUGCCCUGCUAGAGCUGCCCUGGUCAACUGUAAGUGCUGUUAUUGUGAAGUGGAAACUGCUAGGAGCAACAACGGCUCAGCUGCAAAGUGAUAGGCCAACCAAGCUCACAGAACGGGACCACUGAGUGCUGAAGCGUGUGGUGUGUAAAAAUCGUCUGUCCUUGGUUGCAACACUCACUGCCUCUGGAAGCAACGUCAGCACAAGAACUGUUCGUCGGGAGCUUCAUGAAAUGGGUUUCCAUAGCCGAGCAGCCGAACACAAGCCUAAGAUCACCAUGUGCAAUGCCAAGCGUCGGCUGGAGUGGUGUAAAGCUCGCCGCCAUUGGACUCUGGAGCAGUGGAAACGCGUUCUCUGGAGUGAUGAAUCACGCUACACUAUCUGGCAGUCCGACAGACGAAUCUGGGUUUGGCGGAUGCCAGGAUAAUGCUACCUGCCCCAAUGCAUAGUGCCAACUGUAAUGGUCUGGGGCUGUUUUCAGGGAAAUCUUAAUGCUACCGCAUACAAUUACAUUCUAGACGAUUCUGUGCUUCUAACUUUGUGGCAACAGUUGGGGAAGGCCCUUUCUUGUUUCAGCAUGCCAAUGCCACCGUGCACAAACUGAGGUCCAUACAGAAAUGGUUUGUCGAGAUUGGUGUGGAAGAACUUGACUGGCCUGCACAGAGCCCUGACCUCAACCCCAUCGAACACCUUUGGGAUGAAUUGGAAUGCCGACUGCGAGCCAGGCCUAAUCGCCCAACAUCAGUACCCAACCUCACUAAUGCUCUUGUGGCUGAAUGGAAGCAAGUCCCCGCAGCAAUGUUCCAAAAUCUAGUGGAAAACCUUCCCAGAAGAGUGGAGGCUGUUAUAGCAGCAAAGGGGGGCCCAACUCCAUAUUAAUGCCCGUGAUUUGUUAAUGCCCGUGAUGUUCGACGAGCAGGUGUCCACAUACUUUUGGUUAUGUAGUGUGUGUAGCUUCCAAUUCAUGAUCCAGAAGUGUUUGUCAGUCGUAGGAAAUUAUUAUUAUUGCACGGACUUUCUGAGCAAACAAAGUAAUUAUUGCUAACCUAAGUCGAGCAGGAACCGGCAAGACGCUCGCCCUCCUCAGAGCCGCCAUCUUGGAGAUAAGGUCAGUAUAAAUAGUGCAUAUGUCAAGACUUCAGUCAUUCUCUUCCUCUCUCUAUUUUAGUAAGGUAUAAACACAUCGUCCUGCUGCGUCAUCCAUUAUUUCCAAGGUAAUGUACGGAACCGGCUUAUACCACAGUUGCCAAAGAAAACAAUAUGAAAGCACACAUUUACUGGAAAAAAUCACUUUUUAUUUUGUUGAUAUUUUCAUUUAUAUAAGAUAAUUCAUACUUUCUGAUCUUUUGGUUGCUAGAGAUGCGAUCCAGUCGUUCAUUCGAUUAGUCUUUAUGUUCCGUUCUUAUCCCUUGCUUGCUAGCUAGCUAGCCAGCUAGCUACGGCUAACACAGUCAUGACAUUUGCAUCCAGAAUAACAGCAAAGUUGCUGUUUUCUAUUGACAUUUAUUAGGAUACAUCCAUAACAAUGAGCUGAUGAUGCCAGAUUCUGCCUGGCAUAGCUAGAAAAGUUUGCCUUAUCGUCAGGGCACUCGACAAUGUUCAUUACGAGGAGAUCGCAUUGCAUAUCAAACACUAGGCUAGAAGCUAGCUAAAUAGUUUGUUGCUAGCAAACCUGGCAAUAUGACAAGCAAAUUAAAAAAUAUCAGUUGCUGAAAACAGCUGGUCAAACUAGAAACGUGGGAGUAUUUGACAGCAUAGCGCCACUUGCGUCAUGAUUGCAACAGUAGGGACCAGAGAAAUUCAUGUUCUUCACUCACCACGUUAGGUAAUGCACCAAAAAAAUAUGUCUCUGAAAAAACAAAUCAAUGCUAGUUAACUAGCUACAUUUUUUCCUUGUUGGACCUGCAUUUACAAUGUACCCAAUUUCGGUUUUUGUGGUUGUUGGUUUAGUGUUCUGUAACUUUGUAUCAAGUACAGUCUGCAUGUGUAGGCGCUUAUUGCGUCAUGAUUGCAAGGUGUCCGGAUAUCUUUUCCAACUGUCCUGAUAAAUUAUAUAUUUUCUAACGGUCCCGUUAUCUGGUUUUAAUGUCCAUUCUAGAAUGCCCUUCUAACCAAUCAGAAACGAGUAUUCAACAAUGCUGUGGUAUAAAUAUAUUUAUCUUAUAGCCACAGUUAAAUAAAUAUUCUGUUUCCAACGAGGCAAAAUAGCUAAGAGCCUGCCUGCCGGUUUGAGGUCUUGGAUGAUUUCGGGAGCAGUACAAUACAAUAGAAGGCUACGAUAGGGCAUAUGUCAGUCAGACCUCUCAUUCUUUCCUUCCUCUCUCUAUUUAAAUAUGUGUACAGACACAGUUAAAUAAAUAUUGUGUUGCCAAAAGGAGAGAUAAGGUGGUCAGAGUAGCAGAGUAUAGGCUUCAGUAAACGGCAGAAUAUAAAUUCUGACAUCUCCCAAGAUCUCAGUCAUGCCGACAGUCACCCAGAGAUAGGCAGGCAGGCGCUCCAUUAUUGUGAAUGUCAGUGGCAUUGUGUGGAUUGAGGAGGAUGGGGUGAUGAGGAGAGGAAGAGCAGAGGGAGAAGGUGAUGGCGAGGGCAGGAAGAGGGAGAGAUUAAGGAGGAGGAUAGGGUGAUUUUACAUCACCAGGGAGCGGGGGGGGGGGGAGAAGAUGGGGAGAAAAUAUUAAGAGGGAGAGAAAAGGAAGAGGGAAUGAGAGAAGAACGGAAUAUAUUACGCAGGAGGUUAGGGUGAUUUUACACACCAUGGAAGAGAGGGAGGGAAAGAGUGGGAGGGGAGGAGAGGGAGACGGAACAGAUGGAUCUUGGCAUGCAGGAAGGGAUAUACAUACAUACUGCUAGCUCCACCACUCCACAGUCACACCCUCCUCAUCCCUCAGCUCAGCACCCCACCUCUUCCCACCUCUUUCCCCCUUCCUAUGUGGAUGUGUGGGUGGAUGAGAGGACUGGGAUAUACUGCUAGCUUCCUCAUCACAACCACCCUCCUCCUCGCCAUCGCUCAUCUCAAUGUCCACCUCCACUCACCUCCCUCCCUCGUCCUAGCAUGUGGGGUGUGUGGGCAGAUGAGAGUAUUUGGAGAAGAAGACAGGAAAAUCAACCUGGAAAUAUGUCCAAGACUUUGAUGAAAGCCCACAUCCUUAUUUGUCUGUACUUGCAUGCUUGAAUCUGAGCCAGUAGGUCUAGUAAUUACAUUGGCAUAUGUUUUACUGCGUUUCAGGAAGACUUCAUUAUCUAGAUUCUGGGUGAUAACAUGUUUUAUUUGAGCCUUAAAAUUUUGUAUUUAUUAUAGAUAGCUUGCCAAGGGUUUUUGGAGUGUACAGUUUCCUCUUUCACUGAACACUGCAGCUUAUACAGCUGUAUUUAGAUUUGGAAUAGGAAUGCCUACAUACCAUUGGCCCCUCUCCCAUGACCUCUCUAACCCCUGACCUCUGACUUGUGAUUCAUGCCAUUUCCUCCCUCAGGUGUAUCCCUCAUCUUGUGGAAUGGGGUGUACACACGAGAUCAUCAUUCAAUGUGUUAACUUUAACCUCUGACCCAUCCAGGUCUGUCCCUCAUCUUGUGGAAUGGUAUCUAUACACAAGAGAAGAUCAUCAUCCAGUGGACUCUGCUCAGUGAAGCAUGCUACUUUGCCAUCCAGUUUUUAGGUGAGUGCUCAAGAUGAUAAAACCUUUCCUAUUUCUACCAAUUCACAUAUGUGACUGAGGGAGGCUCUUCAGACCUUCUGGCCGUAUGCUCAUUCCAAAUGCUGAUAAGAAAUAGUUUGAUAGGUUUUAAUCUAUCUAGACUUUUUGUUGAUAUCAAGGACCUUGCUCCUGAUGUGCAAUGUACUAUCUUCAGACUGGGGAUGAGUUAACACUGUCCUCUAGUGGUCGAGAUACAGUAGCACGGUUUGGAGUCUCAUUGAGCUGCAAGUGUUGAGGAGUCUCACUCUUUAGUUUCAUUAAAUAUGAAAGGGGUAUUUCCUGCUGACUGAGUGUCGUACGUUAUCAAUCAAUCAAUAUAUUUUUUACUCUUACAAUUUUAACUGUUGUCUCAAUCCUGUAAUUUCAGUGACGUCAGUCACCUUAGUGGAGAUAGGCUCAUUGCCCAACGCUGCCAUACUCCUCCUCCUCAGCCGAGUACUCUUCCUCCUGGUCACUCUGCUCUACUACUACCACCUGGGCAAAGGACGACCCAAGAAGAUC